AUGGAUCGAUGUAAUCGAACAAGACAAAAAUUAGCAAAUCUGAAUCUGUUUGAUACAGAAACGAAUGAUGAACAUGUCAAACGUAAUGAAAUUCUUUCAACAAGAAUUCAUAUCAUUUUAUUAUUUUUAUCUCUAUUAUCAUCUACUUUAUAUCUAUCAUUAUCAUUACAAUCAAAUCUCAUUGUAACGAUCAAUAAACCAAAUAUUAAACAAUAUCAAAAUUUACAAAUGAAAUAUUCGAAUAGUUUACAAUGUCCAUGUAAACAUAUCGUGGUUUUAUACAAAGAAUUUAUUAAUAUAACAGUUCAUUUUUAUGAAAUCUGCACAUCAGAUUUUGUCAGUCAACGAUGGAUUGAUUAUCUCUUCUUCGAAAAUGUAAGUUCUUUAUUUUACCUAGAUUUUCGUCGAAGUGCAUCAGCCAGAUUUCAACUUCUUCGAACAUUAUGUCAACAAGCAGAAAACAUAACUGAUGAUUAUCUCGAAGAAUUAUAUUCAAAACAAUUCAUAACAAACAAUUUGGUUUCAAUCGAUUCAUUGGAUUUACAGAUCAGCGCAUCUAUAGAUACAUAUAGACGAAAUUUAGUUCCAUUACUGGAUGAUUUGUUAGAAUUAAUGCGAAUGAUUAUGAUUGGUAACAGACUACAUUCAGCAAUAGAAACGAUUUAUUACAUACACCCUAAUUUACUGGCUUCUAUUCGUUAUCUUGAACAUCUCUACAUGACGUUCGAGUGUUUUGAAUCUAAAUUGAGCGUAAGUCUAUUGCCUGAAGGUAUCUAUGCAAAUAUCGUUCGGUACACAUCGCUCGAAGUCUAUCUCGAUGCAGAUGAAGAUACAAUUGGUAAAUAUAAAGGACUAACUAUUUUUGUACCUGGAAUGAAAGCAGGUUGUAAGCCAAUUGAAUCGUUAAUGGAAUCAACAAACGAAUGUUUAUUUCAUCAAGGCUGUCUCAAGUCAGUGAUAUCUUAUAUGAAUUAUUCUUCACUAAAAAAUAGUUCCUUUACAAUCUUAAAUUCAUCUCUAUCAACACGGCAUGUAACUAUUAAAGAAUUAGUGAAAGAUUUGUUUAUUAAAGAUUGGAUAGUUAAUAAAUCUUACGAAAAAUAUUUUUCAUCAUGUCAACCAUUGUUUUGUCAAUAUACACAUGAUCGAAGACGUACUUUUAUUGAAAUUUCAAUUGCUCUUAUUGGUUUGUAUGGCGGAUUAGAAGCUAUUUUAAUAUUAAUUAUACCAAAUGUUGUAACAUUUAUUCGAAGAAAAAAACGAACACAACCAGCGGAUGCAAAUAUUAUUCGAAUAUCACGAACAGCUCUUCUCCGACUAUUAUGCCGAUCAAUAAUUAAUUCGUUACGAAACACGAAUAUAUUCGAUAGUUACUCGUCAGAGGAACAUCGACGAAAAAGUGAACUUAUUUCAACAAAAAUUUAUUUUCUUCUCUUAACUACUUGUUUAAUGAUAUUCACAACUUAUACAGCAAUAGAAUAUCAAGGAAAAUCAGAAUUAUUUUUUCAUCCAAAACAAAUCGAUUUCGAACAUUUGAAAAAUAUGUCAUUGAAUGAUUUUCAUUGUCCGUGUAGUCAAAUUACAAUCAAACAUUCAACAUUCAUUAGUUUCAAUCCAAUAUAUCAUCAAAUAUGUUCAAGUGUCUUCGCAUCCAACUUGUGGGCCACUCACGAAAAGAUAUGGAACAGGACUUCUUUUGAUUUAUUUCUGGAUUUUCGUAUUUAUUCAGGUCAUCUUUUUUCACUUUUAUCCGCUCUUUGUAACUCAAGUCAAAGAAUAAUCGGAAAUAAUCUACAACAAUUUAAUUCAACAGAAUUUGUUGCAUCUGAAGUUAUGAACAAAGAUCAAUUUGAUGAAGAAAUAAGUUCAUUAAUUACUUUAUUUAUUAAUCAAAUACGAGAAACUUUUCGAGAACAGUCAAGAUUAAUUCAAAGUGUUAUCGCAGGUAAUAAAAUUCUUAUUGAGUAUCCACGCGGUUAUCUGACACAAACAACAAUGGACGGCGUGGUAUUUCGCACCAAUAAAGGUUUAGAUUGUUCUUGUGCAACUCAAUUGACGUGUCAAUUCAAAGCGGGAUUCAAGAAUUUCGAUGAAUCACAGACGGACGNAUAUCUUUAUACUGAAUUGAACUUUAUUACAAAUAUCAAUCGAUAA